UCAGACCACUUAUGAGUCAGUCUGGUUCCAUAUGUGUCUUGUUGAACUUGCGCGUUAUUAUUUUUAUUGAGUUUGACUUUAAGUCUUUACGGUCGUGCUGAAGUUAUAAUUAAAUUUGAUCGAAAUGUGGAAAUCGGUUGUUAUGGUGGCGCUUUUAAUUGUUAAUUUGUCGAACGUUAGAUGUAAUGGCAAGAAAGAACAAAUAUGGGAACAAGAUCUAGGGGACACUUUCAAAAUUGAUGCAUCUACCCAUGGUCUGCAAAAGGUGCAUUUAAAAUGUGGUGCCAAUUCAAUGCACGUCGAACUAGAAACCGAAGACAAUUUCACUGGAGUCAUGUACACCAGGGGCAGUUUUUACAAGCAAACCGCGCCAUGUUUUGUAAAGGCAAAGCCUGGCAGAGCAUCCCGAUCACUGAAGAUGAACUUUCCAAUCGAUCAAUGUCAAACCAUUCAGGAAGGCGAUGUCUACAGAAACGUUGUGGUUGUUCAGCACGAUCCAGAAUUGGUGACCCCUGGCGAUGCUGCGUUUGCAUUGGAAUGCGAUUUCCGAUCGCCACGCAGUGUAUCAGUCAGUGCCAAUAUACAAGCGAGAGAUGGUAAUAGAGAAGCGAUUGGUUCUAGAAUUACGUUAGCCAGUCCCGAUCCAUCUGCAACGGACACGACCAAUGAAAUAAAUUCCGAAUUCACAGUUUUUAAUAACUCGCACUCCGUCACCUUCACACCUUCCACUACAUCCAAGUCGCACAAAAAAGCACAGUUGGUUAAAGGCACAGUUGAAUCGGUGCACGUCCAUAAGGAACUCAAUGAUGAGUUAUAAAAAAAAAUCACGAGAAAUUUUAUGGAGCAUGGUAACAAAGGGUCUCUGGAUCAUCUGAUUAUCCGAAACUAGACUGCUGACACAGGAGACACACGCGCGGUGCUGUAAAUAGAUGUAUAAUUUUCUGUAUAUGUUGCGCUUUGACGCUGUAUACGGAUUGAUGAGUAAAAUUAUGUUGUUGCUGUUAA